CAUUGACCAACCCCAGCUCUCUCUCUCUCCCUCUCUCUCCCGCGGUCUGGAUGCCCGUCGAAUCACGCGAAUAUGUGCGUAUGGCCUAUGGCCAGCAACAGGUCUUGAUGCAGGAAUGCCGCAUGCUGCUGUGCAACCCACGGAGGAAGGACUGGCUUCGUUGAAGAAGGCUGCCCUCAGUGCCCCGCUCUCUCUAGGUCUCUCUCGUGUCUUACGCUGUAGCUGUCUAACAUCCAUUUUGACGAAGAGGGUCUAACGGCCACCAAGACACAUCACGCGGACCCCAUGCUCGACGUUGAACCCGCACCCAAAGGUCAACUCUUAACACCAGCAAAAAGCCAGAGGGCAGUUCGCGCAAGAAGCUAUGGCCAUUUUUGCCUCCCUAACCACGACCUAGAAGCUCUGACGAUCGAGAUCCCAAAAAGAUACAAUCGUCAUAUCUCAGUCACAAACAGGAGAGAGUCCUUCAAGAGGACAUAAGUCAACUGACGAUCAGCAAAGCCCCUGCAUUGCAUACCUCACCUACAUACAUACCAUGAGGAAAAGGCCCAAGCCCCUACCCUUGAGGGGACGCGGCUGGGGGUUGAACUUUCAUCAGCCUAAAUUGUUUCUCGAAUGGGGCGGGCCCUUCGAGUGUGCUUCUUCUCUAUUGAGGUGAUGAGAGCGGGAAACCCCAGAUUUCAAUUUCCCUUAGGUUACUACCCCCCUGUCACCACCACCAACCCCGACCCCUCCAUUGAUGAACCACAGACGUCAGUUGAACAAAGCUGGGACCCCGCGGGAGAGAGACGCCACGGCGGUUCGAGUUCUUCUCAGAAAGAAACUACCCCGCUAAAAAGUUCACUUUUGACAGCAGGGCAUCGUUUCUGUUGGGAUCCGCCCUGGAUGUGUUUUCCGCCCUUUCAAAGGGGAGGGGGGUCGCUUUACCCCGGAAUUCUCGUUCGAUCUGGAUGUCACUUGUUGCUGUGGAAGUCUCACCAGCAAGCUUCUGCCAUGCCAUAAUAGAAUAUGGGUUUUGUUUGUGUUUUGCACGCGGCAUUUCCCAGAUGCUUCCCCGAACGGCUGGGAAAGGCGAGCUCACGAUAUGCACCCUGAUGCAAGUCGAAGCAUCGAGAAGGACGACCGACCCUCUUUGAGGUCGUCGUCACCGAGGGAUGAUUUCAUUUUUGCUUCUUGGUAGAUCUAUGCAAGUUGCUUUGCCCACCGGUCUGGAGGUUUCGACGACGCCACGAUAUUGCUACCCACACAUGCUGCCACAGUGCUACUACAUAUACACAACGCUCUCUCUUUUUGGGGUAACGAGGUUGGGGAUGAUGAUGAUCACUUCCCUUUGGUGAUUUCUCCAGCUGCAAGUCGUGGCGAGACAUGUUUGCGUUGACGGCAAUUACACCACGCGGCCUUCCCAUUCUCCGCGUAACUCACCUGCCAGGUAAUCACGCCGCCGGUCACGCCGAGAGUAAGCAAGUAGGAAGACGUCAACGGACAGAUGCGGGGCCCUGUCUAUGUUGUUGUUGUUGUUGUUGUUGUUGACAAGCGAGCAGGUAGAUAUAGAUGGGCUGACAUGCACAGCUCAGUGCCACUGUGUGUUACCUCGACGUAUAUAGCUCAAUGGGAUAUCAACGUAAAGGGUCCCGGGACUCGGUUGGCCAAUCAUUCUUCACUAGAACUGUCACAACUCAGUAAAUGGUUUCGAGGCAAACCAUACUCAUCACUGAACUUUGCCGAGGGCAAGAAACGACUACCUCGACCACCUCUUCCAGAGCUACUUUGUGAAAUAACAUCUCGAUCCGCAUAACAGCCACCAGCUGGGCAUUUAUUUAAAUUCUGCUACAUGAUAUUCAGCAGCACACAUGAUAUCGCUAUUUCCAGCAUUUUACACGAGCAUACAAGACUCCCCCGUCCACACCAUUAGGUCAAUAAGCUUUGAAACCACCUAUUUCAUACAACCUAUAACUUCCUGCAUUCCCAGAUCUUAACCAGGUACACUAUCCAACCCACCCUUCCCAGUCGACUCGGGAACAGCUCCCUUUUGCGCCUUGAGCUUCUCCUCAAACUUGGCAAACUCCUUGAUGGCGAUUUCCUCCUCUUCGUCAAGCACCUGUUCCACGCCCUGAACUUCCUCAAUCUUUUGCGUUCUCAUGUCAGCAAUUGCUCCCGGAAAGUGUGCCAAUAGCAUAAAAACUCACAUAAUGCAUCAACAUGCCCUCAAUCCCAUUCUUGAGCGUAACCGUGCUCGAAUCACAAGUCCUGCACGCGCCCCUGAGUUUCAACAUGACGAUGCCAUUCUCAAAACCCCUGAAUUCGAUAUCCCCUCCAUCUUCCUGAAUCGCUGGGCGGAUCCUCGUUUCCAAGAGCUCCUUGAUCAUGCCAACGACUUCACUGUCGUUUUCGUCGUAUUCUAGACUGUCCCUUUCCCCGGAUUCCUGCUCUUGCUCUGCUGUGGACGGGGAGGAGGCAGAUUGCUGGGAGGUGUUGACAAGGGGCUGGCCGGAGGUGAUGGCUUCGGUGAUGAGGGAGAAGAUCUCGGGGCGGAUGUGGGCCCAGACGGCGUCGGCGGAUUUGGUGACUGUUAUAAAGUCUUGGCCGUAAAAGACCGAGGUGACGCCGUCGACGUUCAUGAGGUUUGCGGCGAGGGGGGAAGGGUAUGGAGGGGAGAUGGUGGAGCGGGGGGAGAGGUAUUCUACGAAGGGGGUGGAGAUGGACUCGGGGAGGACGGGGUGGUUGGGGAGGAAUUUGAGGGAGUUGGCGUUGGGGGUUGGUUCGGUUUGAAUGAAGAUGGUGCGCUUAGGUUGCUGGGGAGAGGGUGUUGUUGGGUGCCAUGAUUGGGGUUGGAGACGGGGGCGGAGGCCGGAGGUGGUGGUGUGGGCUGCUCGGCGGGGAGGUUGUUGUGAUGGUGGUUGGUGCAGGAGACGGAGGAGGGAUGUGGUUGUUCGGCGGCGGGCGGCGGCCGAGGAGGGUUGCGCUACUAGAGGCGCGAUGCCUCGUAGGAGCUUGGUCGAUGGCAUGGUGCGCUGAUUCCCUACGAGCGCGAAAUAUAGAUUGUGUUGAGAUAGAGUAAGAUGGGCUCGGUAGGUCAAGUCUGAAAUUAUGGAGGGGCCGAAAGAUUGCCGGACGAGACCCGGCAGCGGGAUGGCUGACAAAACAGUUUGUUCUGAGUUGAUCCGCUAAAAUAUUUGCUGCGUCAUAGGUCUCGGCGCAGGGCCCACUUUAUUUUGAACCCUGCCUGUCACUUUAUCUGGACUUUCAACAUCUGGAGAAGGGUGAUGUGAAUAAAGCAUCCAAAUGUACAUGUCUGUCUCGUCUUUUAUGAGACUUCCGUACACAUAAUCAUAGCAUGCCGUCUGUUAGAAACUAGUUGAGGUCCCAGUGCCAGUCAGUGUACCGCAAAAACGCGACCAGUUGCCAAUUGGUCGCCCAAACAUUCAGCUUCAGCGAAUCACCAGUGUGUAAGGACCUUGUUCGAAGACGCAAGACAUCUCACUCUUGAAAGGAUUGUUCUAAACAUCUCGCCAAUCUCGAACCCAGCCGACCCGGCGAAUCACAGACUUCAACUUACAACUUUCACGCUCUCCCACCCGAUUGGCGCUCCGUCUCGAACCUCACCUCCAGUUUGCGCCAGCACUGAACACACAACCAUGGCUCAAGACGAUGGCGGGAUGGCCUUGCCAGGUCUGAACAAAGGCCCCAAGAUCACAGAAGUGACAGCACCCACCGCCUCCCCCCAACCAUCACCAUCACCAUCAGCAACAAUAACCCAACCACCAACCGAACCAUCACCAGCAACCCUCGGCGCAGACGAAGAAGAAGAAGAAGAAAAAGAAGAAGAAAAAGAAGAAAAAGAAGAAGAUGAUGACCCCCCUCCACCCCCAAAACCAGCGCCAAAACUCUGCGCCGUAUGUAACACCCAACCAGGCAAAUACAAAUGCCCCCGCCCCGGCUGCGCAAUGCCAUACUGCUCAAUCCCCUGCCACAAAUCCCACAAAUCCAACCACCCGCCCGACCCUCCCGCCCCAACAUCCCAACCCACCCCCCAAACCACCGCUCCCAAUCCCUCUCAGCAAACCAACAACGACCCCUACAGAAUCCUCCUCGACCACGCCCACGUCUUCCAGCGCCUAGUAAAGAAAUACCCCUCCCUCCCAUUCGUCCUCGACUCGAUCCACUCCCAGACUUUGCCCCCUCCAACACCAUCUUCCAGUACAACAACACCGUCUUUCCUCCAGAACAAUAACAGGAAAAGAAAAGAACCGCCUUGGUCAAAGGAUGUAGGGUUGAGGAAGGGGGCGAGCGCGCUGAAGAAGGCGAGGACGGACCCGACGGAUAGGGGGGAUGGGGUGAGGGAGUUUUGUGAUGCGGUGCUUUAUUUGUUGAGUUUGGGGGAGGAGGAAAAGGGGAAAGGGGAUGGGGUUGGGGAUGGGGGGCCGAGGCCGGUGGCGGAACGGGCGGUUAAGGAGGUUGGUGAGGAGGUUAGGAGGGAGGAGAGGAGGAUUGUGGAGGGCUUGUUGAGGGAGGAGGAGGGGGUGUGA